CAACGUUUUUUCCUUAAAUGAAUGCUCUUAAGUGGAAAUGUAGUCUUAUUUGUAUGUGAUCUCUGACAAACUACAUCGACAGUUAACAUUUGUUUAAACAGAACCUUCAGAAAUCUCUUUUUCUCUAUCUUUAGUUUGAGCAACUACUGUACUGAAGCCUACUAUAGGCUACUAUAGUUGGUUUUAUUCGCUGUGCUGUGCUAAUAUGCUUUACCGCCUAUGCUCUCUAUACAAAUACUGCACUACAAAAUACACAAUGUACUGUGCUCUGCUGCAGUACAGUCCAUUGGGGAAAAAAUGUAUGUAAAACAUAUGAAGUAUUGUCAUUUCUGAGGAUCAUGUGGACACAUACAGCUCAACAGUCCCGCCAUAGAUUGUGAAUGACAACUGACUUGAAGGUGAGCUGGUUUUGAGAGUGCCGGACCAGUAACGUCACCGUCAAGUUGGCGACACCAUGGCAGCUGGAGUUGCAGCAUGGCUCCCCUUUGCCCGGGCAGCCGCCAUCGGCUGGAUGCCAGUGGCCAACUGCCCCAUGCCCAUCGCCCCAAGAGACCACAGCAAGAGAAAGGACGAGCUGAUCAUACUGAAUGUGAGUGGACGGCGCUUUCAGACCUGGAGAACCACUCUGGAUCGGUACCCUGACACUCUCCUGGGCAGUUCUGAGAAGGAGUUCUUUUACAACGAAGAGGCCAAGGAGUACUUCUUCGACCGUGACCCAGACGCCUUCAGGAGCGUUCUCAACUUCUACCGCACAGGGAAGUUGCACUACCCUCGCUAUGAGUGCAUCUCGGCCUACGACGAGGAGCUGGCUUUCUUCGGCAUCAUCCCCGAAAUCAUUGGUGACUGCUGCUACGAAGAGUACAAGGACCGUAAGCGGGAGAACGCCGAGCGCCUCAUGGACGACCAGGAGGAGAACAAGGACUGCAAGAUGCCCAACAUGACAUUCCGCGAGACCAUGUGGAGGGCGUUCGAGAACCCGCACACCAGCACCAUGGCAUUGGUGUUCUACUACGUCACAGGCUUCUUCAUCGCCAUUUCGGUCAUCACCAACGUGGUGGAGACAGUGCCGUGUGGCUACAAGAGCCAGAAGGACGUCCCGUGCGGUGAGCGCUACACGGUGGCCUUCUUCUGCAUGGACACGGCCUGCGUGAUGAUCUUCACUGUGGAGUACCUGCUGCGGCUGUUCGCCGCGCCCAGCCGCUACCGCUUCAUGCGUAGCGUCAUGAGCAUCAUCGAUGUGGUGGCCAUCCUGCCGUACUACAUCGGCCUGGUCAUGACCGACAACGAGGAUGUGAGCGGGGCCUUCGUCACGCUCCGUGUGUUCCGCGUGUUCCGCAUCUUCAAGUUCUCGCGCCACUCGCAGGGCCUACGCAUCCUGGGCUACACACUCAAGAGCUGCGCCUCAGAGCUCGGCUUCCUACUCUUCUCUCUCACCAUGGCCAUCAUCAUCUUCGCCACCGUCAUGUUCUAUGCCGAGAAGGGCUCCAGCUCGAGCAAGUUCACCAGCAUCCCAGCCUCAUUUUGGUACACGAUCGUCACCAUGACUACUUUAGGUUACGGGGACAUGGUGCCCAAGACGAUUGCCGGGAAGAUCUUCGGCUCGAUCUGCUCCCUGAGCGGGGUGCUGGUAAUCGCCCUGCCCGUGCCUGUCAUCGUGUCCAACUUUAGCCGAAUCUAUCACCAGAACCAGAGAGCCGACAAGCGGCGUGCUCAGAAGGUACAGAAAGCCCGACUCGCCCGGAUAAGAAUAGCCAAGAAGGGGAGCUCCACCGCCUACCUGCAGACCAAACGCAACGGGCUACUGAACGAGCUGCUGGAUCUCACGGCCUCAGAGGUGGAACAACAGCAUUUGAACAAGACCUCAUCCCUGCUUGAGAGCCAACAUCACCACCUAUUGCACUGUUUGGAGAAAACUACUGGCCACGACUUUGUGGAUGAGCAGCUAUUUGAGCAGAACUGUCUGGAAGGGGCCCUGCAACCGUACCGCUCCCACUCCCGAACCCCCUCCGGCUCCAGCCAGGACGGCCUGACGGGCACCUGCUGCUCCCGCAGAAGCAAGAGGGGCUCCACCCCCACCCCGGUGCCCAACGCCAGCCUGCCGGCCCUGCACACCCAGCCACACAUGCUCACGCACACGCUGCCAAAGUCGCCGGGCCUGCAGGAGCUCAGCGCCAUCAACAUCCAGUGUGCUGAGCAGCAGCUCCACAGCAGCAGUCGCUCUAAUCUCAACAUGCAGACCAAUGAGGUGGACCGUCGCAACACCAGACAGCAGCUGCAGCAGGUCACCACGGCGAUCAUCAGUGUCCAGACCCCAAGCACGGGGAGCUCCACCGAGGAGGACGACGACAGCCACGGCCUCCCCAACCCCGGAGCCAGCGUUGUGACGACGGCCAGCUCGAACAUUGUCAGGGUGUCGGCCCUGUGAGAGCACGACCACCGGCAUGACCGAGCGUACAGCACAAAAGCACUGUGGGGUUGCGAGCUUACGCAGACCGCCCGGUCCCCUUCCACAUCAUGGCACACUGACACUAUAGGGGCCACUCUGUUCAUGGACAGCGUGUUGUGGGGCAAAGACGACAAGAGAAGGUGAUAUGGAGAGAGAGGCACAGAGGGGGCCCAUGACAUUGGUCUUUGCUUUGCACAUCGUCCCUCUCUCUCUGUGCAAAGUGACUUUGUGUUCCUGAUGACCAUGCCAACCAUGGGGGGGUUACAAGGUGCAUAAGGUUCAUCAGGUAUAGCUGUGGAAAAUAAGUCUGUGAGUAGCAAAGA